GGGCUGGCUGGGUGGCGAGGUCUGUGGGGAUGGCCGGUCCACCCCGAGCCCACAACGCUGGUUUCUGAAGAUGUGCCCUUUCCCUUAGAGUGUGGCGGAGCAUGCCGGGAAGCUGAGGCCGGAGGGUUUCCAGGAGUUCGAGGCCAGGCUAGCCAGCAUAGUGAGACCGUGAACAGAAAGCAGUGGCAGAAACUGCCCCUCGCCCAGUCUUUUGGAAAGCGUUUAUGGACGCGCUCCCCGGGUCGAGACUCGCUUGUAAGAUGCAGGCGCUGCAGUGUGCUGCCUCCCUCCGGCAGUUGACUUAUCCUGAAUCCCAGCCUCUGCUGCUUUGUGGGAGCAUUUUUUUUUUUUCUGUUUUAAAUCAGACAGGCUUUCACGUCUCUCUGGCUACCUGACUUGCCUUGGACUUGCUGUGCAAUAAAGGAUGACCUUGAAUUUCUGAUCUUUCUACUCUCCUGGGUGCUGAGAACACGGGGCUAUGAUACCUACCAGACUUGUCUUGGCAAGGUCCUCUGCUGUGUUGGGUGUUUCAGAGUGGGCUGCAUCGACGUGGGCUGCCCUCAAGCCCAGCCAGCUCCAUGCACUGCAGGCAUCUUCUCGACUGCUCUCUUUGGGCAUUCAGGACCGCGCUAAGCACCAGGAAGCUCCUGGAAAGAAGCCGCUGUCAGAGAAAAAACUGAAAAGACAUUUUGUGGAUCGCCGGAGAGUGCGGGUCCGUGGAGGAAACGGAGGCUCCGGCAUAAGCUGUUUCCACAGUGAGCCCCGCAAGGAGUUCGGAGGCCCUGAUGGCGGGGAUGGAGGAAAUGGUGGCCACAUCAUCCUGAGAGUUGACCGGCAAGUGAAGUCCUUGUCCUCAGUCUUGUCCCGGUAUCAGGGUUUCAGUGGAGAAGAUGGUGGCAGCAAAAACUGCUCUGGACGAGGUGGUGCCAUCCUCUACAUCCAGGUUCCUGUGGGUACCUUGGUGAAAGAGGGAGGUGAGGUUGUGGCUGACCUGUCUCACCCAGGGGAUGAGUACGUCGCUGCACUGGGGGGUGCAGGAGGAAAAGGAAAUCGCUUUUUUCUGGCCAAUGACAACCGUGCCCCUGUAACUUGCACCCCUGGACAACCGGGUCAGGAGCGGGUCCUCUACCUGGAGCUGAAGACAGUGGCGCAUGCUGGGAUGGUUGGCUUCCCCAAUGCUGGGAAAUCAUCUCUCCUUCGAGCCAUUUCAAAUGCAAAGCCUGCUGUGGCUUCCUACCCAUUCACCACCUUGAACCCUCACGUGGGGAUCGUUCACUAUGAAGGCCACCAACAGGUAGCAGUGGCCGACAUCCCGGGCAUCAUCCGAGGUGCACACCAGAACAAGGGCCUAGGGCUCAGCUUCCUCAGGCAUAUUGAGCGAUGUCGCUUCUUCCUGUUUGUGGUAGAUCUUUCCUUACCUGAGCCAUGGACUCAGGUUGAUGAUUUAAAAUAUGAACUAGAGAAGUAUGAAGAAGGCCUGUCUGAGAGGUCCCAUGUGAUCGUCGCAAAUAAGAUUGAUAUUCCGCAGGCCAGAGCUCACCUGCCCCAGCUCCAGGCCCGCCUCGGGCAGGAGGUCAUCGCCUUGUCAGCACUGACUGGAGAGAACCUCGAGCAGCUGCUUCUGCACCUCAAGGCCCUGCACGAUGCCCACAUGGAGGCCGACUUGGAGCAGGGCUGCCAGCCUCUCAGGUGGUAGUGGGCCCAGAGCUGCAUGCCCUGCCUAGGCCAGCAUGGGGCAGGAGUGGCCGGCAGUCACAGGAAGCAAACGCAAGCGUGUUGUAAAAUGUGGGCAGCUUUUAGCACCUGAGAGAAAGUACUUGCAAAUA